GGGAGGGGUCCCGCCUGCUCACUGGCCUCCCGCAACCUGCAGACCUGGCGGUGAGGAGGAAGGAAGGAAGGAGGCAGUCAGGGAGGGGUAGGCAGCGACCUCAUCACGAUACGGCGCAGUGAACCAUCUCUACACGAAGCCAACCAGGAAGACGUCGCUAUUGUAAUUGCAAGCGAUCAAUUUGUUUCGUGGUGUUGAGGGGAAACCGAUAUUUGAUGGCAAAUUGGAAACCUCGGCGGCUCUUUGUGGCUCGAGAAGGAGGUAGCUAACGUUAGCUCGCUAACAAGUUCCCUGGCAUGGUUGUCUAACCGGCUGCCAUUGACCUCUCUUGAUGGAUCCCAGAGGACAACAAAGGAAUAACAAAAUCUACAUCUGCUAGGCAGCUCAAGGGCCGACUGCUAUGCACUAUAAACUGGGAGACGUGGAUGGUGGGGAUGCUGGGAGGUGCAGGUUUCCUUCCAGUAGAACUGUCUCGCUCAUAAUAGGACUUCUGAUAGCCAUGGCUCCGAGUGCUGCGCUGGAGCAGCAAGACGCACAGGUGGAGAUGUUCACGAUGCAACUGGAGGCUUCCAUGCAGUCUUCUGUGCUCUCUGAGCUCCAGUCUGCUGCUUUCGCCACGCCGGAGUCCUCUGUGAAGAAUGGAGGAGUACAGAAUGGCAUCCCCGACUCUUCAGCUGUUGUCGGCCAGGUGUUUCAGAUGAGGAUUCCACUGGUAUCUGACAGUGCAAGCUGUAAUCUCCAUCUUACUGAGAUGGGACAGCCAACAUUACCAUCAUGGCUCUAUUGGGACAAAGAAAAGUGUGUUCUGAGAGGCUUGGCUCUGGAGCAAGAUAAAGGUGUGUAUCAUAUCUCUGUGUCUGGACGAGACAUGAAUGAGAAGACCGGCAGCCAAGACUUCCCCAGUACGGUCUUCUCCAUUGAAAUAUACCCAGAGGAGCGGGCGGACGCUGAACCAUCCCUGCUCACUCUCCAGUCUAACAGCAGUGGCCUGCAGCCUUUCACUUGUGGCCCCGAGGAGCCUGUCACUGUCCUCACUGUCAUACUGGAUGCUGACUUGACAAAGAUGCUUGCUGAGCAGAGGGUCAGUUUACUGACUAUUAUGAGAAAAUUCUCACAUGUUCCAGUUGAGCACAUGAGACUUGUCCCUGUUGUCAACAACCGCUUAUUUGACAUGUCUGCUUUCAUGGCCGGACCAGGGAACGCCAAGAAAGUGGUGGAGAAUGGAGUUCUGCUGUCAUGGAAACUUGGAUGUGCCCUUGACCAGGGCAAUAUCCCUGACAUCAGCAUUGUUCAGUCCUCUGCAAAGGACGGAACCAUGUCAUCCAAACUUGCAUAUCCAGUGGUUGGUUGGCACAUUGUGAACAAAAAGCCCCAUGCGGUCAAACGUGUCAAACGGCAGUUGUACAACACUCCUACUCCUGUGCCCUCCCUGCUUCCGCCAACCAGUUACCCAGAGCCACCUCUACGUGUUGUUCCAACCCCAACCUCACCCUCGAUUGCCCCAGCAACAGACCACUCUGCACCUCCUGUACGUGGCCCUUUACCUCUUCCUGUGAAGCCCACAAUGAGGGUCCGAGAUCAAAUUGCCCAUACACCUGUUUUAGGACCCCCGCAACCCACCAAGGUAUUGGGGUCGACCAGCACCAUGCUCAUCCAACCUACAAUGACCAGACCUACAUUUGUGGAAGCCACCGCUUUACCGACGCUACCAAGCACCACCAAAAAACCCAAACCUUCAAGCACAAGAAAGCCCAAGAAACCCAAGACGUCAACACCAGCUCCCCGAGAGCCCAAAUCUACUACGGCAAAACCACCUAAACGCACCACUCCUCUCUCCUUGGCUCCAGACUUGAAUCAGAUGCCAGAGAUCCGCAACCCAAUUGAUCAGGUAAACGCAUGGGUUGGCACAUACUUUGAGCUGAAGAUUCCUCCUGAUACAUUCUUUGACAAGGAGGAUGGAACAACUGACAAGCUGCGUUUGACUUUGAAGCAUCCCGCUAAGAAAGCAGUCAGCGAAACGUCCUGGAUUCAGUUCAAUAGCACCAUCCAGCUUUUGUAUGGACUUCCCGAGGAGCAACACAAAGGCAAGCAUGAGUACUUCAUGCUAGCUACUGAUAAAGGUGGGAAGAGUGUCAUGGACGCAUUUGAGGUUCAAGUCAACCAUUGGUCAACUAAUGAUAAACCACCAGUCGUUUUUUCUGCCCGUUUCCACGGCGACCCCACAACUCUAAGCAACGAUGUCCAUAAAAAGAUUCUUUUGACAAAAAAGUUAGCUUACGCACUUGGUGAUCGCAAUAGCAGCACAGUGACCCUACGAAGCAUUACCAAGGGCUCCAUUGUGGUAGAAUGGACCAAUAACAGUCUUCAGCAAAAUUCUUGUCCAAAGGACCAGAUCGCAGCUCUCAGCAACAGGAUCGCCGAUCCGCAAGGCGCACCAAAACCAGCCUUUGUCAAAUCUAUGGAGCCUGAAUUCAAACCCAUUAACAUCUCUGUUCGUGGCACAAAUAAAUGUCAGAGCUACACCUUCAUUCCACCAGGGGAAGUUCUGCCCAGCCCCAAUCUUCCUACCGCUACACCCUCACCUGGGACCGGCCGUAGAAGCAGCGACGAUGUCUACCUGCACACCGUCAUCCCUGCUGUUGUGGUCGCAGCACUCUUAUUAAUUGCAGGUAUCAUUGCUAUGGUCUGCUAUCGGAAGAAGCGCAGAGGGAAGAUGACCAUGGAGGAGCAGGCGACCUUUAUCAAAAAAGGAGUUCCCAUAAUAUUUGCAGAUGAGCUGGAUGAUUCCAAGUCCCCCCCAUCCUCCAGCAUUCCUCUUAUUCUUCAGGAGGAAAAGCCACCACUCCCCCCACCAGAGUACCCGAACAUGGCCGGCCCCCACAGUACGCUACUGAACCAAGAUUUGUUGGAAGAGUAUUCUGUGUAUCAAGAUGACGAUCCCAAUGCGCCUCCUUACCAGCCCCCGCCACCUUUUACUGUCCCCAUCGAAGGCAAAGGCUCUCGUCCCAAGAACAUGACCUCCUACAGGUCACCGCCCCCCUACGUUCCUCCCUAACACACACACUGAAGCGUUGAGCUUGGAAUUCAGGUGCACUGUAGGGAUGCUUGUUCAAACUACUGACUACAGACGUAACUUCUCUUGGAUUUCAAUGGAGGCGACCAUACGUAUAUUUUGACCAUCCUGGAUAAGAUGUUUCAGCGUUCUCCGACUGGAACAGGCAAAAUAGGCGGAGAGCAGUUUGUAAUUCCAUUCCCUUUCCUUCUCGCUCUCUUGUUCUUCAGGUCUGCUUUUGACUUUCAAAUGCUUUGUCUGUUUUGCCCAGAAGAAGAGUCAAUUUUAUCUUCAAUGAUGUACUAUUUCUAUUGUAUAGAACAUAAUAGAGCAGGAGAGACUGAAGCCCACCGGGCCUUUUAGCAGAUGUUACCAUGACAACAGACUCGAGGCUCUCCCUUGCCGUGGUAUUAUUUGAGAGCUGUAUCACUCCUAUCUGUCCUUCAGCUAAGACGUACUAAGAUGUUGCACCUGUUAAUUUUCUAGGACAAUUUAACACCAUAAGCCAAACUGAAAGCAUUAGAACAUUUUAUUAAAGAGUUUUGAUUUCAUUCUUUUUCUGUCCUAUACUUGGCUCCUUUUUAACAGUCACGCUUCACAAUUUGAAGUACUUACUUGUUCAACCAUGUCUCGCACACAAUUGACCCUAUAAUUCAAAUUAGAACUAAUUAGAAUUAGUCAAAUAAAUAUAUAUAUAUAUUUGUGCCACUGAACUUGCCGUCAGAGAUGUUUUGUGUUGUUGCUAUGGUGACUGGUCAGCGAGGCUGCUAUGUCUAGUGAAGGGGCCAGUGGAAUGCCGUUUCACCACAGGGUGACAGUUGAGCACAUAUAUUGCUUCUUUAAAAAAAAAAGAAAAAAAAGUUUCUUUGUAUUUCCAUUAAAUUGUCUUUUCACUGUUUUCACUGAUUUUGUGCAUUGUUUUGAUUUUACUUUUCUUUUUAAUGUAGCAUCCCGCUUUCACAGUUUUUACAAUGCUAUAUAUAUAUAGUAUAUAUAUAUACACACACACACAUCAUUUUUUUUUAUUUGCAUAUCAUUAUUUUUGGGCCAAACCGUGUACCUAACAGACAGAAACUGAACUUCAAACUUUUAAAGAGGUGAUGAUUUAUCUCGACCUGUUAAUGUUGCUACUUUGGUUGAUCACAUGUCGACCCUCCGUGGAGAUGAGUGACGGUUCUAAGUGGUACCCGAACUGUUGGUGAUAAUAAAAGUCAGCGCAGCGUGGAGUCAACCCUAGCAUUCGCUUGCGCUGAGGAGUGUCCGCGGCUGCAGGGCUAUCGCUGGUGCUCUAGCUGUCGCACUUAGGGAUGUAAAUAGUGUGCCUGUGAAAUAAUAAAAAAAAAAGAAAUCAAUAAUGUUAGUGUUGUACCAGUCAACCUAGUUGGGAACAGAAGGGCCGCAGUGGGAAAUAAUUUUAUUUUUUUGAUUGUAUGUUUAGAUUUAUGACCACUACCAUGUUAAUGGACUUGUGCAAGGGUACAUUAACAACAAAGAAAUGGCAUCAUCUGAAUAUAAUUGCAACAAAUAAACAGUAUGUGAAUUAUGUACAUUUCAUACCUGAUAUCAUUACAAAAAUGUAAAAAAAAAAUCUAAUGUUUUUACUGAGUUUUUGAUACAGUCUUAAACUUGUUUUAUGAAGGUAUAUUAAUAAAAUGUAAUACUAUUUGUAAAGCCUCAAAAUGGU